CCUUUGAUCAGAUUAAUGGAAAGACAAGAAGAAGUCAGCUAGAGAUGAGAAGAAAUUUAAUUAAGGAAUGAGUUGGAGUACGUUUCAGAUCAAGCAGUUAGAGGGUUGUCAAGUGUGAGAAGGGAUUUCUGUAGAGCUGUUUUGCUUUGUAAAGCAGAUUCAAGGAACUUUUUAGGUCUUUUAAAGAAGCAUCAUGCCUCGUUUACACCUUUUAAUCGGACUCCUGUGUUGUCUUCCUUUGGCAGGUUGUUUGCGGUGUUACACCUGUGUCUUUCCAGCCAUCUCUCCUCUGGACUGCUUGAAGUUUCCUCUGGAGUGUCCAGCCGGGCAGCGCUGCCUGUCAAGCGAGGCGACGGGAAAACGCGGCGGCAUACAACUGACGAUAUACGAGAAGAGCUGUGCCGUCUCCACCCAGUGUGGCCUGAAUGGACAGAAAUACUCUGCAGGCGUCUAUUUCAACUACACCAACGACUGCUGCGACACAGACCUUUGUAACGGGGCUGGGUCUGCUGCUGCCCUCAGCUGGGGAGGAGCAGCGCUCUGUCUGCUGCCUGCAAUCACCCUGCUGCUGGCCUGAGCAGCAUGAUGAAGAUCAGAAGGAAAGGUGUCUGGAAACACACACUCAGACACAUGAAGCAAUUAUGUUGGCUUCUUUCUAACCUCAAGUGUGUUUGUUUUUUAGAGACACAUACUAUGAAAACUAAUAAAAUAAAAAAAAGUAUGAUGCUCAAAGUUCUGGGUAUCAAGAAGGAAUAUCAAAAAAAAAAAAAAACUGACCAAGAUUAAAUAGAAACAUUUUUUAAAUAUUGAUGCCCCUACUUUCAUAAGUCUUUUUCAAUUCAGACCACUUCAAAGAGAGGCCAUCUGUUUUAUUUGUUUCAGUGGUGCUCUAAAAUGAUCUGUAUUUACUGUGUAUAUUCUGUUUUUGCAGCUGCUGUAUUUGACAACAAUUUUGAGAAACUUACAACAAAUUUAAGUGUUCCUGCUUCAGU